CACUUCGAGCGACUACAUGGAGGCUUCCUUAUUGUUUUUCAGAGCCAGUUCAGCUCUGAAUGAGUAGCAUUAACUAUGACCAAAGGCGUUCCAGCUAUGAGUAUCUCAUCCUUUUAUCGGGAAGACCAAAUUCCACAAGCCGCAGUCGUUCCAAGUAAUUAAGAAUGAGCUCUAUUACACUGGUGACACAAAGCCAGGCAUCGGAGGCGAACCUCACCCACAGCAGGAGGUCCCACCUGUACGCACCGAACUGUGUUUUGCCAAGCAAUCAAACAUGCCAGCGUGGGUUGCUUUUGAUCGACAGGUGCUCAGUUUUAAUGCUUACUAUCAAGAGUCCGUUCAGGAACUAAAAGAAGAGACGUAUCGUAUUCACGAGUGCAUGAUCUAUUACCAUCUUGAAGAUGAUACCAUUGAAGUAUUCAAUAUUAAAAGAAAGAACAGUAGACUCAACCAAGGUACAAUUAUUCGCAGACAUCGCAUCCCAAAGCCAUCACCACACGCCAGCGAGUUCUAUUCUUUAGAAGACUUGAACAUCGGAGUGGAAAUCAACUUCUAUGGCAAAGUUUUCAAGAUUGUUAACUGUGACCACUUCACUUAUAAGUUCUUGUACAAGUCUGGUGUGAAGAUCCCAAAUCCAGGCCAUAUACCAGAAGAUCCAUACACAAAAUUUCGCAAAACUUUAGAGGAGGAACAGCUGCCAUUACGUCCAUACAAGAGAAUCGACACUCUGAAACAGUUUUUGGAACACGACACCCAUGUCCUUCGUUUCUUUUGUGUCUGGGAUGAUACAGCAAGUGAUUUCGGCGUGGUCCAUAAUUGCACCUUGUUCUAUUUCUUAGCUGAUGACACCAUAGAAAUCCGGGAGGUCUUUUCUCCAAACAGUGGCAAUGACAUGUCCCCUAUAUUAGUGAAACGAGGCAAACUGCCAAAGGGAGAAAACUAUGUCCACUUUCCAGGAAAGGUGUGUGACCGCACUCUACUGAAUGUUUUUGGAUCCCUGCACAAAGAAGGUCGAUACAUUUAUGAUGGUUUACAGACAGGGGAAGUAACAAUUCCUUACUAUGGAGCUGGAGAUUUGCAAUUUGGAAACAUCAUCAGUGUUUAUGGGCGUCCCUUUAAGCUCUGUGAUUGUGAUGAGUUCACUAAGAAUUUCUACAGAACAAAAUAUGGAAUUGUUGAUUUUACUCCGAUUAAAGAAAAAGAAACUCUCAUUGAGCCAAUACAGUAUACUUGUCCCCCAUAUAAUGGUUUUGGCAACGAAGAGGAGACCCUUCAAAACUGCAACAAGAUUGUCAUACAGUCAAGACCAGCAAACUUUAUGCAGUUUCUGAAAUAUGACAAGGAUGGUUUGGACCGUCGUGUGUUGUGUUUCCUAGCCAAAAUGUUAACAAAGGAAUGCAGUGUUUCUGAGCAAGAUUUCAUCAUCAAUUACUAUUUGGCAGAUGAUACGAUUCAAAUUACUUUGAAGGGUGAAACAAAUUCAGGUGUGAAGACUGGGAUAUUUCUCGGACGAGCUCGAGUCAAGUUACCUAAUCAGCAAAAAUUCAAUAUAGAACCCACAAAAUAUUACUGUGCCAAGGACUUCAACAUCGGAGCUGUCGUGGAGCUGAAUCAUUAUGUCUAUCGAAUCAUCGAUGCUGAUGAGAACACUUUCAAAUACAUGGAGACUCAUCCAGAGGAGUUUCCACAGGCAGACAUCAGAAAAAUAGUACAGAAACUCAAAGACUCAGUGAAGGUGGGAGAGGAACAGCUGACAAAGCAGUUCCUGUUUCGAGAUCCAGGGAGCUCAGACUAUGUGACGUUCCAAGAUAUGAUUGACAUCCUGUGUAAGUGUGCACCGGGCAACCUCAGCGAACACGAACUCAUCACGAUUGGUCGAUUCUUUAAAUACGAGGAGCCUUCGCUGGACAAGUGUCCGGAGUUGGUCAUCAUGUUGACCCAAGAGCAGCUGAGAAAGGCUGGGUUUGAAGACAUGAAAGACCUGCUUAAAAGCUGUCUUCAUGAAGACCGGGACCGAACUGGUAAAAUUCCUGCUACUAGUUUAAGAUGUAUCAUGUUGUCUCAUAAUAUUCCACUGAAAAAAUAUUUAUUGGAGGAACUUAUUGAGAAGUUCCCUAAAGAUGAUAAUGGAAAGAUAUUUUAUGAUGAGCUUCUCAAAUGUAUUGACUGGCAGGAAAGGCCUCAAGCAAUUCAGGUUACCCAACUGGUUGACCCAUCUCUGUUGAAGAGCCCUUCGUCUAAAGUUGUUAUAGAAAAAAUCAACUACCGAACAUUGCUGAGUAACAUGUACCCACCAAAUCAUGACGUCUGUGAUCUGCAAUGUAAUGAAAAAACUCAGGAAGCCACACAACCACAAUCGAAUUAAAGAAGAUUUCUUUUCUUAAA